AUGUCAACCGAGCCUGGUCCCGCCGAGUCUAGUCCCACUCCUACUACUGGUACAUCAAAGCCCAAACCCAAACUCAACCCCAGCACCAACGCGAGCCCCAACCCCAAACCCCGUAAACGGUUCGUGGGACGCACGAGCAAGCCUGGCGCGGCGGGGACUCUGUCAGGAACGAUCGCGAACCAGAUCCCCGAGUCGAUUUUGCGAGACCCGUUGUUGCAGGCUGCUGCAGACCAGCUUCCGCGUAACUAUUCAUUCGAGAUCCACAAGACGGUCCAUCAUGUUCGGAAGAAUGGCGCGAAGAUGGUGGCGUUGCAGAUGCCCGAGGGGUUGCAGAUGUAUGCUUGUACUGUUGCGGAUAUUAUAGAGAGUGCCGAUCGAUACCACAACGAUCAAGACAUAUACAUCUUUGUCGAGAUAGCGAUUGAUUCAGAACACUUGACCAACACAAUACGCAUGAACUUUCCCAGUUCGCGACAUACAUUUCGGGAAAGGCUGCUCACCGACGAGCAUAUACCGACUGGAGAAAAGAUUCACAGCGGCAAACCAGCUCUGGCGAUUGAAGCUGCUCCCGAGGACACCAAGGGUAAAUCCAAGGCGCCAGAAGAGGACCAGCCAACUCGACUCGCACUCGUAUCGACGAUUCAGUUUGUAGCUGCCGUGCAGAGACUCAAGGAUGAUUUCGAUGAUCCCUCGCUCAAAGCCGCUGAGUCCGGGAGAGAUCCUCGGAUGCACGGCUCCAAGGUUGUCCAACGACGUAGAUGCACUGGUUUAUGUGGGGACGGACGCUUUCAUCUAGAGGCGAUGAUGAUCGCCAACCCGGCGGUGCCCGCGUUUCGGUACGACCCGUAUUCGAAAAAGCUAACGAGGGAACGGUACGACCAUGCGGAAAUGCGUGAGGUUCGCGCUCAAGCGGUCCGUACAGCCACUCAGAGCUUGAGUUCGAGUUUGGAUACAGCUGGAAGAUGGGGCGUGAUCCUUGGCUAUACAGCACCAGUUACGGACUUCGCGGCACACGGUCCCCUACGUCCCGAUCCUGCUCUCGGAGCUCUCGCCGGCCAAGCUGGCGUGUUUCGGGCCUCACAUUUCGGUGUUGUGCAGACGUCGUGUCCGCGACUGUCGAUUGACUGGGGUCCUGCCGAUGCCCCCGACGCCCACGAUGCCUACCGCUACGACGACCGCCCUGCCGGUGCCUAUGACCAGUACAAUGGCGGCAGCCCCAACUACCAGGCUCAAAGCCCCUUGCCGGGAGCGGCCCAUCCACCCCCGCCCCCUCCACCGCCACAAGAGUACCCACCCUCGACCGGCACGUCGCCCCACACGCCUGCCCAGCUGCCAGGCCACCCCCAUGCUCCUCCACCGCCACAUCCCGCCUACCACGACGUCGCUGCCCCGGGCUACCACCCAGCCCCGAGCGCUCUCUACUCGGCAUCCACCUAUGGUAAUCUCAACGGACAAGGCCUCGAUCCGGCAGAGCUCCCCAACGAUCUGAGUGCCUUGGCCGACGCUCAUCCCGGCCAGAAACCCCCGUACCCGUACUCGACCAUCAUUCGCUACGCGAUCCAGGGCAGUCCCCGUCAACGGCUUACUCUGUCGGAGCUCUAUGACUAUGGAAGCCCGCAGGGAGUGGAUGGAAGAACUCGGUACGGCAACCUGUCCUUGAACCGGUGCUUCGAAAAGGUCCCUCGGCCAAUCACCGAGCCUGGAAAGGGAUCAUACUGGACUGUCAACUUGAACGGCCCUGAGGGCACCCGCCGUGUCCGAAACGAUGCGGGUAGCCAGGGCCCGUCGGCCACGGACACUGCAUCACCGAGUGCUCCUACUCCCUCGCCUCCACCGCCAAUCACCGGCGCCAACAGCUCGCCGCUUCCCCCACCCGGCCAGAACGGCUACCCGUCCAACUGGUCUAAUGAGAACGAGCGUUGGCAGCAACAGCACACGCCUACUCCUCAGCCUCCGCCACCUCCCGGUCAGAAUGGCUAUCUCCAGUAUCCUCCUGUGGCCCGGAUAGCUACGCUCCCAACCCGGCUAAUCCUGUGCUCUUUAAUCGCCAACCGGCGGGUGGAUAUCCCCAGCAGCAACGUCCGGUCCCAACCAGCACUUGGCCCCACCACCAACCGGCUGCUUCGUCCUGGCCUCAUCCUAGGGCAGAUGCACCGGCACCGCAAACGUCCAUGCCACAAACAUACCCUCCUCCCCCGCCCCCGACGACCAACGGUCAGCGUCCUGUAUCGUCCGCUGCCCAAUCCGACGCGUCGGGUAAUCACCAGAGCCUAA